AUGUCUACUCAAUCAGCUCUUCUUCUCACUGAGAUCGGCAAGCCUUUGGCCAAGGGAAUCCUUCCCAAGCCAGAUAGCUAUGAGUUGAAAGCGAAAGAAGUCUUGGUCAAGAUCACUGCUGCAGGCUUGGCGCCUCUUGACCAGAAGUUCCGCGACAGAGGCGAACUCGGUAUCGGUGCCCGCCUUCCUGCUGUGAUCUCUGGUGAUAUUGUGGGUGAAGUCAUCAAAGGAGGACCCGAAAAUGAAUUUCCCCUCGGAAUCCAUAUAUUUUCUCAGAUGCUCUUCAGUCUACCUCAAGGUGGUGCAUUGCAGGAAUAUACCAUCGUCAAUGGGGAGUACGCCGCUGCAGUUCCCAACAAUAUCUCCGAUACCGAGGCUGCGCUGUACCCAAUCAACUUGGUAACUGCAGCAAUGAGUAUCUUUUCAGCCAACGGGCUUAAUUUACCUCUACCCGAGACCCCCGAGGCCAACGGAUUUGACUAUGCAUCGCAGAAGGUUGUCAUCAUUGGCAGUGGCUGUAACACUGGCAAGUUGGCUGUUCAGCUGUGCAAGCUUGCUGGUGUCGGAACGAUCAUUGCAAUUGCAUCACCUUCCAACAAGGAAAUCCUGGAACAAUACGGAGCUACCCACAUUAUUGCUCGACAGGACGCCAACAUCGAGGAGCAAGUCCGGGCUAUUGUUGGAGAUGAGCUCAUUUAUGUUUACGAUGCUUAUACAUUUGGGGACUUGAGCUUGGGUGCAUCGCUCCUUUCCAACACCAAGAAAGGUGUCUUUGUGCACAAUGGUUCAGGAAUUAUCCCUGAUGCUGUCUUGAGCGAGAAGAAGGAGGGCCUGGAUGACAAGCGGAUCUUGGGUUUCUCGCACUUUAUCCCGGAAUUUGGUCGACUGCUUUGGCAGAAGAUCCCAGAUUGGCUUGUUAGUGGCCAAAUCCAGCCGCUGGCUUACAAGACUAUUGAGGACAUGGAUGAGGCGAAGGUCAAUGAAGGCUUGGAUGAGUACGCAGCUGGAAGAAGUGCGGAGAGAUAUCACGUUAAGAUUGCCUAG